AUGAGUAAAAAUAAAGUGGAUAGUUUAUGUCAUGCAGAUCCUAGAAGUACACCACUAUUAUCACGUUUAUUGGCGCCAGGUUUUGCUACUUCAGUAGUUAGUUCAACAAAUAGUCCACCGAGUUCAAUCCAACGAAAAGGAAGUGAUCAAAGUUAUACAUCAUCAGAAAAUGAUCGAAGUUCUGGCCUUUUAAGUUCUCCAAAUCCGCAAGUUUUAUUACCUGAAACAAAAAGACAAGGAAUUGAAUUUGGUUUGACCAAUUCUAGUAAAUUUUCAAAAAUGAAUCAUGAGACUAGUUCUUGGAAUUCUCCAUCAUCUUCUACCAAUGUACAAUCAAUCAAUUGUGAAUGGCGUGAAUCAAUCAAUUGGCCUAGUAAAUCAGAAACACCAAUUAUUCAGUCUAAUAAAAAUCAAUCACCUAAUUUUCAACCAUCUCCUGAUAGCCAAUGUUGGCGUACAAUGACAUCUAUUCAGAGGAAAAAUGAUAACAUGUUACCUCGUCGAUCAUCCUCAAACACAUGUUCAUCAGCUACACAAGAUGAAAUGGAAUCCAGUAUUGAUUCACCAGGAAUUUUUAAUCGAGGUCGAUGUGAUCUUGAAUCCAAUGAUCAAAAUAAAAUAUAUGAGAAAACUGUGAAUGAUGGUGUUGGUGCGAACGAUGAUGAUGGUGAUAAUGAUCACGCUGUGCAUCAAACACCACCGAAUGACGAAGAAAUUGAAUCAAACACUCGUAGCGAUGGGCAAGAUGAUGAUGAUGACGUUGGUGGUGGUGGCGGUGGUUGUGGUGAUAAUGAUGAUGAUGUUGAUGUAGAUGAUAACAUGGACAGUGAUCAUGAUAGAACCCUUCCAGGUGAGAAUGAUAAAACUGGCAACCACUUUAAUAAUAACGAUAGUAAUAAUUCAGUGAAAAUAAUGAUGAUACAUCGUUCAUCACAUUCUUAUGUAAAUGAAUCUCAAGAAUUGUUUGCAGUGCAUGAAGAACAGGAAAGACGUCGACAACAGCAACAAGAUAAUGAACAUUGUCAUCAUCAUCAGUCAAAUGAAGACAAACACUUGCCUUUUAAUUACACAAACUCUGGACAAAAAGUAACACCCCAAUUAGUUUUACCGCAUUCGUCACAGGAACCAUGUGAUUUCGAGGAAGAUUGUCCUGAUUAUUCUAACCAGAUAAUUCAAGAAACAGGUAAUAUAAAUACGCAAGAUAUAAUCCAACCACCUUUACCGCCUCCUCCACCACCACCUUAUAAAAUUCCCGAUCAUCUUCAACCAACUGAUGAAUCCUCAUUUUUCAUGAAUAAUCCUUGGGUACCAUCAAAUUAUCAUUUAUAUCCAUAUUCACAAUUACCUCAUCAUCCACCGCAUCUAUUACAUAAUCAUUUUCAUCAAGACAAAUUAUUCCCUGUUAAUAGUCAAUAUGAUGCUAAACGUUUUGUUGUACCUAAUCCUAUUGUUUUGCCUAAAUCACCGGUAUGGCCAGUAUUUGAAAAUCCAAAUAAUCUACUUUAUAUGAAACAAAAUAAUUAUCCACCAGAAUCAUUAUCUAUGCCUUAUCCAGGUGGUCCCAUAUCAAAACGUGCAAUAUGUCCACAAAAUAAAGAAGAAUUUUCAAGAAUUAUGAAAAAUGAUUUUAUACCACCAUUAACAUCUGUUUCUUCACAAGCGCUUGGAUUUCCAAUCCGCUGGUGUUAUCGUGGUUUGUAUAUGUUGCCUCGUUUCUCAGCAACAUCUGCCACAAGCAAUCAUCUACCAGUAUCAUGUUGUACAGCAACUGCUUUUGUUCUGACAACGACCACAUCUCAUAUUUGCUCUUUGGCAUAUGAAUACAAUCCAUACAAUCGAAAUAAUAAUCAGCAUCAACCUUUAAUCAUGAGCAAUUAUCAAUCAGAAUUACCAUUAGGCAAUGGUCCUGUCAUUGGACAAUUUACAGAGCCUGAAUUAUUUCCUUCUUCUAUGAAAUCGGAAUCCAUUAAUCAAAAUACUAGCCAGAUGGAUUUUACCAGUCUACUUAAGGAAAAUCAACAAUUAAAACAACGCCUUAUAGAUAUCAAUGUUAGACUUCAAUAUGUAGAUGAGCUUGAAUGGCACGUACAACAAUUAAGUCAUCUGGUCGAGUCGAUGAUUUUGUCUCAUCAACGUCAGUGUGAAUUAGACUAUCAGUUGCAAAUUUAUUCACCAAUAUCUGCUCCUGUCUGCGACGUUGGUGGUGGUGAUUUUCAGCGCUUCAAAAUACCCCCAAAUUCUUCCUCGUCAUCAUCAUCGCCAUUUGGAUUAAACAACGAUCAUCAAUGUUCUACACAUCACUUCCACAAUAUGCCAGCAAAUCCUGGAAGUUUGCCUGUAAUGCCGACAAAUAUGUCAAGUUGUAGGACUCAUCCAUGUACAGCACAAAAUAUAACUAGACGAGUAACACAACCUAAUAUCAUGUCUACACGUUUCUAUGGUCCAUGUGUAAAGCAGACAAUGCAAUCGGAAAAAAUUGAGCAACGUAUACCUAUGUUGAAUUCCACUAAGCGUUCUCUACAUCCUCAUUUAGUGGGAUCUAUGGAUCCACGUACCGUUUCUUUAGAUCGUGCAUCACAACCGAGAAAUUCCUGUACAACAUUUCCUAUUAUGGAAUGUAAUUGUAUACGAUGUCCAUUGCAUGAAACAUUCGCAUUACCACAUUCCAAAGAACAUGCAUACGUGAAUACAAUAGCAAAAGAUGGUGUAUUUUCUACACCUAAUGUCUCUAUGAUAAUUCCAAAUAGUCCAUGCUUUUCACCUAAUUAUCGUCGACGUCGUUUUACAAUGCGAGCAACAGCGGCACAAUUUCCUCCUUCAUUUGAUAAUGAAUCUCACUUAUUACUACAUUCCAAUGUACCACCACAGUGUUGUUCCCCACCGCCCCGAUUGCCACCUCCAGUGUCUACUUCAAUUUUUACUUCUAAUAAACCGAUAUCUAAUCCUACUAUUAAGAUAACUGACGAAAAUAAAAUUGCUAAUGUAUCAUCGAAACAUGGUAAUUCAGUGUCAAGGGAUUCAAUUCAACCACCAGCCAAUAUUACAAAUACCAAACAUAAGAACACUCGACCGACAGGUCUUAAUUUUAUGACAGAAAAAUCUGAAAUAUUAGAUGAUAGUCAAAUGUUAUUAAAACAUUUAUCACCGAAUAAUGAAUUUCAAUGUGUCAAUGGUUGUACAGUAGUAGUGACUACCACUUGUCAGUUAACUCAUUGUUAUCCAUUAUGUAUUAUUGAUCGUACUCUAACUAUAAAUGAAACAAAUGGUCAUCAUAAUAAAAAUGAAAAUCAAACGGAUGUUGAUGUUAUGAUAACGAAUAAUGAUAAUAAUAUGUCAACAAUAGUCACGUUAACAUCUAUAACAUCGACGACCAUCAUGACAACAACAUCAGCAACCACAUGUGCUUCUGUAAGUUCUAUUUCAACUAAUCAUCAUGGUCAACAUCAACAGUUUAAAGAAAAAUCUUUUUAA